GAACAGACAGUCAAGAACCGGCAAAUUCAUUUCAUUUGACAGAUCAUUCACAUAGCAAAUUCUUCUUCAUGCGGCGUCCUCAUUGUGGACAGAAACAGACUGAUGAUGAUUAUCUGCGUUUACUGAUUUUAAUUUAGCAUAUUUUUCCUGGUAUCAACGUCAAUUAAACCGAUUGAAAAACUAGCUACGUGCUAUUUAUGACCGUUUCUAGCCCUAAACAAAGUAGAGCUAGGCUAAAUCUAAGCAAUAAUGGCAUUGUAUCUCCAAGAUGCGCGUAUCGGAAGUCUAUUACUUGCUGUUAAGUUUUUAGCAGUGGUUUGCUGUUGCAGUGCUGUAACACCACAGCAACUUGCACCAUUUUGCCUCCUCGUCAAAUCUGAACACGGGAGUAAUCAGGUUAGUUUUCUCACUCACUCACUGGACGCGUUAGCACCUCCGCUCUUUUACUGGAGCAAGUGGACAUCAGAGACACGCGUUGAAGAUUGCUUCAGGAGUAGCGACGGGACCCUGGUUACGCGUUAUUUAUCACUCUGCCGUGAAGAGCGCGCUUAUGACAACGCCGAAAAGUUACCAUUCCGCUUCAACAUAAGUGCGCUAUUGGAAGAUGCCAGGCUGUGUGAAGUGAACUCGUCAUAUUUCAAUUUCACUUUGCUCAAAGAAGACGUCAACCAAGGCCAGACGAUGGAUUCAGGAGCAAAAAGUCGCUAUAAACGCGCAUGGGUUUUACCGGGAACACUUUGGUGUGGACGAGGCACAAGCGCCAAUGACUAUGAACAGUUGGGUAUGUUUGUGCAUGCGGAUAGAUGCUGCCGAGAACAUGAUCACUGUGAGCACAUCAUACGCUCUUUCUCUGUGAACUUUGGUGUCUUCAAUCCCACCCUCUUCACAGUCUCCCACUGCGACUGUGACCACAGAUUUAAACAAUGCCUUCUCAAUGGUAAUGACACCAUCUCCAACAUGGUGGGCUACAGUUUUUUCAACGUCCUAAAACUCCGCUGCUUUGAGAUGAUUCAAAGGAGGCAAUGCACACAGUACAACUGGUUUGGAAUGUGCACAAUGGUCCAGCUUGCACCUGUGGCAGUAUUGAAAGAUUCAACACCAUACAAUUCCACCAAUCUAAGUAAUGAGAAAAGUGGUACCGUUGACCUUCCAUGCAAUGAAGUGCCAAUCAAAUUGUCACAUAGUGGCAAACAAAGAACCUCUAAAUCUAAACGAAUUAGACUGACAAAAGAUCAAAGAAACUGCGCUCCAGUUGACUAUGCAAAAGGGGGAACAUUUCAGCUGAGUCAAAAGUUGGAGAACCCAUUUGAAAAACGGAAGAAUCUACAAACAGCUGGACAUCGAAAAGGAAGAAAAACUGUGCAGCCAAACUCAUUGUUGACAUUUACCCUCGCUCCCCAAAGGAAGGCAUCUAAAGAGAAGCAAAUGAUAACUCAAAAGUUCAAAAUGGGAACUAUUCUUCAAAGCAUCCAGAGGACAUCAAAAGCAAGUGUCACUCACUCACCUUCAACCUCAUCUGAAAGGAAAUUACUCUUGGUUCAAAAGACGAUGGUCAAUCAGUCCAAACAAAGAUCUGCAACUAAAUCAGGAGCAAGGACACUUCAAAAAAAGAGAAAAAAGAGAAAAAGAGGUAAAAACAAAACCCAGAAAUCCGGAAAGAGCCAGAAGAGAAAGCUAGUUCAAACCCAAAAGCAAUGAUGCUCACUUUCAAUCAUCAGAAAUGCAAAGGGUCUUAUUUUUCAAAAGAUAAGAGAUCUUUAAUCAGGUAUUAGAUUAAAUUAUGUGUGACAUGAGAAGGGCUUUUCACACUGCGCUUUACCCUGGGUUAUUGUCAUUCUAAACCCUGCUUUUAACCCUGGGUUAAGGUACGUUUCACACUUGUAAUUUAGAAUCGGGGUUAGCACCACUUUUUACCUGGAGUUAUGAAACCCUGAUCCACA